AUGAGUAACCUCACCAGCAUGACAGAAUUUCUCCUCAUGGGCUUUUCCAAUACCUGGGAGCUACAGGUCGUACAUGCCACGUUCUUCUUGAUGAUCUACCUGAUGGCUCUCAUAGGGAAUCUGAUUAUCUUCACCAUCAUCUCUCUAGAUGUCCACCUCCACACCCCAAUGUACUUCUUUCUGAAGAACUUGUCCUUUUUAGAUCUCUGCCUCAUUUCUGUUACUGUGCCUAAAUCCAUUGCAAACUCCUUGAGCCACAAUUCCUCCAUCUCUUACUUGGGAUGUGUAUUACAGCUCUUCUUAGUGAUUUUAUUUGCAGGAUCAGAGAUUUCAAUCCUCACAGUGAUGUCUUAUGACCGGUAUGUGGCUAUCUGCCAGCCCCUGCACUAUGAAACCAUCAUGAUCAAAGGAUCUUGUGUGAAAAUGGCAGUGGCUUCCUGGUUCAGUGGAGGAGUGGUUGGGACCAUGUACUCAGCUAGUACAUUCUCUUUGCCCUUCUGUGGCUCUAGGGAGAUCCAUCAGUUCUUCUGUGAUGUCCCUUCUUUGCUCAGGAUUUCCUGCUCUGAAAAACAUAUUGUAGUUUAUGUGAGUGUAGCUAUUGGGCUGGGCUUAGGGAUUUUCUGCUGUAUUUAUAUCAUUACCUCCUAUGUCCACAUCUUCUCAACUGUGCUGAAGAUUCCAACAACACAAGGUCGAUCUAAAGCUUUCUCUACUUGCCUACCUCAUCUCAUUGUUUUCAUAGUUUUUAUCAUAACUGGGGCCAUGGCUUAUUUAAAACCACCUUUUGACUCUAACACAGUUCUGGAUCUAUUGUUGUCUAUGUUCUAUACAGUGGUGCCUCCAACUUUGAACCCUGUUAUUUAUAGCCUGAGGAACAAGGAUAUGAAGACUUCUAUCAAUAAACUUAUAGCCUGGAAACACUCAUCAGAGGGAUUAAUGAAAUUUUUUCCAUGA